UGUCCAGCAUGUUCUCCAGACAUGUUGGCUGUCUGCUCUGAUGGAAACCGAAAACAUUACCGCUUCAGCAAGUCAAAAGGGACUGAGGAGCCACCAAUAUAUGAGGGCUUGUUCCUGGCCAAGGACGUGGAAGUUGCUACCUUUGUUGACCUUAUCAGAGGCAACAUGAGAAGUGCAAAUGACAGUGCUGUCUGCGGUACUGCCAAGUUCACUGCUGGCAGAGAGAUGUCCAAAAAGUCUGGUGCUCAGAUAGAUGAGGAGGGCAUUCAAGUUGCAGUUUGCAGACAUGGGUUUCUCUUACGAGGACUGAACCAUUACCGUGGAGAAAUAUUUGCUUACCCAAUGUUUCUUCAAAGAGAGAUGUCAAAGAAGGCAAAUGUUACAUUCUUCUGUAUGGAUGUUACAUGCAGGUACUGGCCCUACCUUAACAAAGUAGCAGAGGGUUUACCUGAACUUCUGCCAUUGACAGAAAUGAGGCCAUUCCUGAGCGUCAUGCAUGCCAAAGCCCAUACAGCAAAAUGCGAGGUGAGAUGGGGUGGCAGAAGCCUGGAUGGAGCAGGAAACACAGUGGGAGAAGAAGUGGAGCAGGUGAACAGCUUUCUCUCGAGGGCAGCACUUGUCACAAAAUACAUGACAAAGGCUGGUUGGUGGAAGAGUGAACAUGCUAACGCGACAGGCCAUGGGUUGGAACAGAAGAAAGAGGGACAACCUUCAUCAAGUGUUAGCCCACAGAUAUGUCAAAAUCACAGAGAGGGCAAAGGUGGAAGCUGCCAGCCUUAGCAACAUCAAGGAGGAGCACAACCUUGAUCAGGAGACAAUACAGCAGUGGGUAUGGGAUGUCAGACAAUGGGCUGUCACAGAGAGAGUCUACACUCCAGGUUGUAUUGAAGAGCUAAGGGCUGACAUUGAGAACAUCACUGUAACCCUUUUGCG